AUGGAGAGGCCUUUUUUGAUGGAUGAAAUCAAAUUCGCUAUUUUCAGUUUGGGAGGUAAUAAAGCACCGGGACCUGACGGCUUCCCUUUGUAUUUCUUUAAACUGUUUUGGGAUACGGUUAAAAAUGACAUUUUCAAGCUCUGUGAGGACUUCUACUUUGGUAGAGCGAACUUAGAGAGGAUUAACUGGGCAAACCUGGCUCUUAUCCCCAAGGUUGAGUCGCCUGAGCUCCUGGGGGAUUAUAGGCCUAUCAGUCUCAUCAACUCGACCCUUAAAAUUAUUUCCAAGCUUUUAGCAAUUCGGUUAAGCAAGGGUCGCUGUAUUUUGGAUAAUGUGGUAGUCGUGGAAGAGCUUAUUUUUAGCAUGCAAAAGAGAAGACUACCUGGGUUUGUUUUGAAGGUUGACUUUGCUAAAGCUUUUGACUUAGUGGAUUGGGAUUUCCUUUUGAAUCUCCUUAGAGCUAAGGGUUUUGGGGAUCGAUGGGUAAAUUUGAUAGAAAAAAUUCUUGUAUCUUCGAAGGCUAAUGUGUUGAUCAAUGGUUCGCCGAACGGCUACAUUCGUUAUCAUAGAGGUUUGCGACAAGGGGAUCCCCUUUCCCCGCUGUUAUUUGUCCUGGUUUCAGAUGUUCUAAGUGAGAUGUUCAAUCAUGCGUUGGUAUCCAAGAUUUUCAUAGGAGUACCUUUGGGUCCUCUCAAAAGUAGAUGCAAUCUUCAGUAUGUAGAUGACCUUCUGAUACUGAUAACAGGAGGUUUAGAGGACCUCAGGAUCGUAAAAUUGAUCUUAUUUCUUUUUGAAGGAAUGUCCGGGCUACAUGCUAAUUUCGCCAAGACUUGUCUGUAUUCAAGUAAUUCAAGAGUUUUGCCAGAUGCUGCGGCUGCUGCAACCCUAAACUGCACUUCUUGGAGGCUUCCGGUGACGUACUUGGGUAUCCCUAUCUCGGGUGGGAAACCGCGCAAGCAGGAUUGGGAGGGGAUCAUCACGAAAAUUCGACGAAGAUUAUCUUCAUGGAAGGUUAAGCAGCUCUCGAUUGGGGGAAGGCUCAUGUUGGUCAAUUCAGUUUUGUUUGCGCUCCCCACCACCUACUGGAUGUCGAUCUUCAGGCUACCUAGCUGGGGGGAGGGUGUCUUUCUUCUGGAAGGGAGUAUUGACGGUCUUCCAGCACUACGUUGCUGUUUUAAAAGAGAAAUUUAUUCGAGUGCAGAAACUCUCUUCUGGAAGGACCGGUGGCUCAAUGGCAGGGCCCCGAUGUUCGUCUGGCAGGAUAUUUUUAACAGCUGUACGCAACAAAAUGCUUCUUUCAAUGAGUUAGAGUCCCUGUUAGAUGAGCAACCAUUCUGUGAGGAUGUUGACGUUGCUGAUAUCCAGGAGCAGCGUAGGACACGUAGGCAUGAUGAGAAUAACAAAAAAAGGUGGUCAUUAAAUGGGAACGGACAGUUCACGGUGAAAUCCUUCUACAAUUUCCUUAAUGAUGGGGGUCUGCGAUGCAAUGUGGCAAAGAUUAUGUGGAAAAGUAAUUGUCCAAAGAAAAUCAAUAUCUUCAACUGGCUGGUUUGGAAGAAUAAGGUGCUUUCAUUGGAAAAUUUGGAAUUAAGAAGAUGUAACAAUCUUCCGACUGCAACAUGCGUGAUGUGUCACACCAACAUGGAGUCGGUUGACCACCUGUUUCUUCAUUGCUCGUUGGCUAAUGAGGUGUGGGUGUUCUUUUGUAGGUUACUAUCAGUGCCUGAACCUCCAGAUUCUAUGCACCUUAUUUGGUCUUCAUGGAGAAACUCUGUGAGACCGGAGGCUAGGCUUUCUGUGGAUUUUCCGGUCAAGGCAUUGACUUGGAAUAUUUGGCUCGCGAGAAAUGAUAGAAUUUUUAAUGCUAAAAUUCUACCUACACACUGCAUUAUCAUCAAUAUUAAUCGCAUGCUACUUUCGUGGUUCGAUGCUCUUGCAAAUUCUGCUAAGGAGAAACUAGAAGAUUCCAUGUCCAAGGUCAAGCGCAGUCUCGAGUUUCUUGGUUCGAGGAGUCAGUUGGUCGGGGAGGGAUAUACCUGCCGAGGAGGCACCAGAUCUUGUCACGGGCUAGUCCGUCCUGUUGCUUAUGUUUUGCGAGGAAAUUGUGUUUCCUCGGGUGGUUUGUUGUUUUGUGUUGCCCUUGUUCACCUCUUGUGGUGUGAGGGGUUUUGUUAUUCUUUUGUGUCGGUUUGA